UGAGCAUUUUAACGGGUUCGUAGCCCCUUUCACAAAACCUGGAAUUACGCUGAAAAACAUGUUUUGAGUACAGAAUGUUUUGAAAGUGCAUUCAAGAUGGCGGCAGAGUACUUUCGUAAAAUACCGUACAAACAAGACCUUCCUCCACCUAAUGGCUAUCCAAAACUGAGUUUUGAUCGUCAUUUACCAAAACGAGGGCCUUCUGGCAUUGUUAUUAUGGCAAGUGGAGUAGCCUGCAUGGCUUUUGGGUUUUAUUUUAUUGCUAAAGGAAAUCAAAACCGAAGGGAGUUAGCAAAAGAACAAAAGGUUGCACGCCUUUCUUUAUUGCCUGUGCUACAAGCUGAACACGAUCGUUGGCUUCUUCGCCGAAUGAAAGAAAACUUGGAAAGUGAAAAAAUCAUAAUGAAGGACGUGGAAGGUUGGGAGGUUGGAAAAAGUGUGUACUACACAGACCGUUGGGUAAAACCAAGACCGGAAGAACUUGAAAAGUUAUAGUGAUGUAUCAUAUUUAAAAUAUUUUUUUGUGUGGAAUAAAUUUAGGGUUCGGUGUUUUUGAA